GCCAAAGCAAGCAUCAACACUUUUUUCCCCUCCUCCGUCUUUUGCCCGCAUAUUUCCCCCAGUGAGGCUUCUAGUCUUCCUAUCUUAUUUGACACUUGCUCAUCACCCUGUGGGCUGCUAUCAUUUGAUUAAUUUCCUUUGAUUUUUCUUCUUCUUUCUAAAUUUUUCUCUCAUCUAGAACCUCAGUGGUUCGUGCGCUUUGUUUUCACCCCUCAGUGUCCUAAGCAACCAUGGCCGAGCGCUACAUCCCAGAGCAUCGUCGCACCCAGUUCAAGGCUAGGAAUCAGUUCCGGCCUGACGAGCUUCGUCGUCGUCGUGAGGAGCAGCAAGUUGAAAUUCGCAAGCAGAAAAGAGAAGAGAAUUUGGCCAAGAGGAGAGGUAUCCAGACCCGCGAUGGUGGGAUUGGUGUGGGAGAAGGCAUGGCCGCUGCCGCCGAGAGUGAUGAUGAAGCCACUGCCAUAGAAAGCGAGCUCAAUGUGGAACUACCGGAGAUGGUUAAGGGUGUCUUCUCAGAUCAGAUCGAGUCGCAGAUUCAAGCCACAACUAAGUUCAGGAAACUGCUUUCCAAGGAGCGCAACCCUCCCAUCGAGCGUGUUAUUGAGACUGGUGUCGUGAGCCGUUUCGUGGAGUUCCUUCGUUCUCCUCAUACUCUAGUUCAAUUCGAGGCCGCCUGGGCCUUGACCAACAUUGCAUCUGGAUCUGCUCAGCAAACCCAGGUGGUUAUCGAAGCCGGUGCUGUGCCCAUUUUCGUCGAGCUGUUGAGCAGCCCGGAACCUGAUGUUCGGGAGCAGGCUGUUUGGGCUCUGGGUAACAUCGCUGGUGAUAGCCCUCAAUGCCGUGACUUCGUCCUCAACGCUGGCGCCCUCCGUCCUCUCUUGAACUUGAUCAACGAUGGCCGGAAGUUGAGCAUGUUGCGCAACGCUACAUGGACUUUGAGUAACUUCUGCCGUGGCAAGACCCCCCAGCCCGAUUGGAACACGAUCGCUCCUGCUCUUCCUGUCCUCGCCAAGCUUAUUUACAUGCUUGAUGAUGAAGUCCUCAUUGAUGCUUGCUGGGCUAUUUCCUACCUCUCCGAUGGUGCGAACGAUAAAAUCCAGGCUGUUAUCGAGGCAGGCAUCCCUCGUCGCCUUGUUGAGCUUCUUAUGCACGCCUCGACCUCCGUUCAGACUCCUGCUCUUCGGUCUGUUGGAAACAUUGUGACCGGUGAUGACGUACAGACCCAGGUUAUCAUCAACUGCGGUGCUCUCCCCGCCCUCCUCUCUCUCCUCAGCUCUACCAAGGAUGGUAUCCGUAAGGAGGCUUGCUGGACUAUUUCCAACGUCACUGCUGGCAACUCUAGCCAGAUCCAGGCUGUCGUCGAUGCUGGCAUCAUUCCCCCGCUGAUCAACUUGCUCGCCAACGGCGACUUCAAGACCCGCAAGGAAGCUUGCUGGGCGAUCUCCAACGCCACCUCUGGUGGUCUGCAGAAGCCUGAGCAGAUUCGCUACCUCGUUUCUCAGGGAUGCAUCAAGCCGCUCUGCGACCUGCUUGCUUGCCCCGACAACAAGAUCAUCCAGGUUGCUUUGGAUGGCCUUGAGAACAUCCUCAAGGUUGGUGAGAUGGACAAGGAGGCUGCACAGACUGGCGAGGCCCGCGUCAACCGCUAUGCUCUAUUCAUUGAAGAGGCCGGUGGUAUGGAGAAGAUCCAUGACUGCCAGAACAACGCCAACGAGGAGAUCUACAUGAAGGCCUACAACAUCAUCGAGAAGUACUUCUCUGAUGAAGAAGAGGCCGGCGGUGAUAUCGAUGAGCUUGCUCCUCAACAAACCCAAACAGGAUUCACCCUUGGCACUGCCCAACAACAGCCAGGUGGUUUCAACUUCGCCAACGGUGGCGACUCCAUGGACAUGUAAAAGCGGGAUUUUAUUUGAAAUUAAUCAUGACACAAUUGAGACUCGGGCUAUCUGAUUCGAUUCUACUUCCUGCUAGAUCCUUCGUGGCGGCGGCCGCCGUAUAACGAACAAAAGCACCACCUUAACGUCGCAGGGCGAUCAAGUCUUGUAGCGUUCAAGGCGAGAUUUGGGUUGCGUUUUCUGCCUUCAAAAUAACACUUUAAGUCCAUUCCUGUAUCCAUUUCGUCUCCCCCCUUUCGACGUUCAAGCACGAGUCGACGUUUUCUUUCCUCCCAUCCCUGCUAUGAUUUACUUCCCCUUUGACCGUUCACGAUAAACCAGAUGCACCAUCAUGUACCCCUUUUACACUUCCCUAUUUAUCGUAGCAUCCCAUACACCGGCGUAAUCGUUUGUUCAUUCGGUUUUUUUUUUUUU